AAACGAAUCUGGUUUUUUUUCAUUUUAACAAUUUUGUUGCUCACUUUUUAUCUAAUUUUUUAAAUUGUUUGUAUCUUUUAUAUCUUUUAGUGUUCAUUAUGUUUGUUGUUAUUUUUACUUGUUUUCUUGGUUAGCUGUUUAAAUUGAUCUUUGAGUAGACUUUGCUGGGUUUUUUCCUUUGCUCAGCUAUACUUCGAGUUACUCCAGUUGAAUUUUGCUGUUUUUUUGUUUUGUUUUUGUUGUUCGUUUCUGACCACUAAUUGAAUACAAAUCAUCAUGAAGAAGAAGGUGCUUUUGAUGGGUAAAAGCGGGGCUGGUAAAACUUCCAUGAGAUCAAUCAUAUUUGCUAAUUAUAUUGCUCGUGAUACAAGAAGACUUGGAGCCACAAUUGACGUUGAACACAGUCAUGUCCGUUUUCUGGGUAAUCUUGUACUUAACCUAUGGGAUUGCGGUGGUCAAGAAGCAUUCAUGGAGAAUUACUUUGCCUCUCAAAGGGAUAAUAUUUUUCGAAACGUUGAGCUUCUAAUUUAUGUUUUUGACGUUGAAUCAAGAGAGCUUGAAAGAGACAUUCACUAUUAUCAAUCUUGUUUAGAAGCCAUUCUUCAGAAUUCUCCCGAUGCCAAAGUUUUCUGUCUAAUUCAUAAAAUGGAUCUCAUUCCGGAAGAAAAACGAGACUUGAUAUUUCUUGAUAGAGAGGCAGAAUUGAAAAAACUUUCAGAGCCGAUAGAUUGUAGAUGUUUUCGAACUUCCAUUUGGGAUGAAACAUUGUACAAAGCUUGGUCUGAAAUAGUCUACACCUUAAUUCCUAAUGUUCAAGAACUUGAACGACAUUUAAAACAUUUUGCUGAAAUAAUUGAAGCAGAUGAAGUUUUACUUUUUGAAAGAGCUACUUUCCUUGUUAUAUCGCAUUGUCAAAGGAAAAAUCAUCGUGAUCAUCAUCGAUUUGAAAAAGUUUCCAAUAUAAUUAAACAAUUCAAACUUAGUUGUAGCAAAUUAGCAGCACAAUUCCAAAGCAUGACCGUUAAAAAUUCAAAUUUCGCUGCUUUUAUUGACAUCUUCACACCUAAUACUUAUGUUAUGGUUGUCAUGUCUGAUGCGACAAUUCCUGCUGCCGCAACAUUAGUCAACAUUAAAAAUGCUCGUAAACAUUUUGAAAAAUUGGAAGGAGUAAAGAAUCCUAAUUCACAGGCAGGAGUUGGCAAGAGAUAAAUCAAUUUUACAAGAUCAAUGAAUACCUCAAAAAUUUCAAAUCAAGGAAAAGUGCAUCAUAUUUUUGUGUUACAAACUAUAUAUUUGUGUAUGCAAAUAAUCAAUCCUGUUAAACUAAAAUGAAAACGAUCAAUUUGUCCUUGUCAAUGAAUCAGGCCAGGGUUGAAAGACUCAAGCCUGACUACUCGGAUACUGUGAAUUCUCAUUAAAUCAAACACAAAUAACAAGUAGAUGUUUAAUAAGGUUAA